UCACUUCGAUGCACAAGUUCGAGUAAAUUUGUAAUCAAGAGUUUCAAGUUUUUACUCGCAAAAACUGAAAAAAUGGUGAAGCUCGCAUUUGGAAGCUUCGGGGAUUCCUUCAGCCCCAGCUCUCUCAGGUCUUACUUGGCCGAGUUCAUCGCCACCCUCCUCUUCGUCUUUGCUGGUGUCGGCUCCGCAAUUGCCUACGGAAAGCUAACCGCUGAUGCUGCCCUGGACCCGGCCGGGUUGGUGGCCGUCGCCAUUGCGCAUGCGUUUGCUCUCUUUGUCGGUGUGUCGAUGGCGGCCAACAUCUCAGGCGGUCACCUGAACCCUGCGGUCACCCUGGGUCUUGCCAUCGGCGGUACAGCAUAA